AAUGGAUCUUCUGUAUCUGUUGAAAAUGCUGGUCUUUUAGCACUAACACGUGUUGGCAGCCGAAGAGUUGUUCAGAUAUCUGCUGGGUUUAUGAUUUUCUUUUCAAUUCUUGGGAAAUUUGGAGCUGUCUUUGCUUCAAUUCCAGCACCCAUUGUAGGCGCUUUGUAUUGCCUUUUCUUCGCUUAUGUAGGGGUUGGAGGCUUAAGCUUCCUUCAGUUUUGCAAUCUUAAUAGUUUCCGUAACAAGUUUAUAUUGGGUUUCUCUAUCUUUCUGGGUUUGUCAGUACCACAGUACUUCAACGAGUACACUGUGAUUGCUGGUUAUGGACCUGUUCACACACAUGGACGAUGGUUCAACGACAUGGUCAAUGUACCUUUCUCAUCAGAAGCUUUUGUUGCUGGUAUCUUGGCUUAUUUCCUGGACAACACAAUGCACAAAAAGGAUAAUGCGAUAAAGAAAGACAGAGGCAAGCCCUGGUGGAACAAGUUCAAGUCCUUCAAGAGCGACACAAGAAGUGAGGAAUUCUAUUCCCUUCCUUUCAAUCUCAACAAGUAUUUCCCAUCUGUGUGAAUUGCGGACAUCAUAUGGAGACAAAAGGGUUCAUACACCAUAACACGCAAGUCCCUUCUCAAUGAAAAUCUUUAUUGGGGGCCUCACUGCUGCUACACGUAUUUUCUUUUAUAUGUACCCGGUUACAUGGAAAAAGAAAGUAUAAUUAGUCUGACCAUUUUGAAGAUGCUUAGUGAAUUUUUUUAUUGUUAUUUUUCUGCUGUAAAUUGAUGGAUAUGUAUGUGGAUUUUAGUAGUAAUAUAGCAAGUCUGGUGCUUUCUACUCU